AUGUUUUUUAUGCAAUUAUUAUGGAUACGUUCAAGAACAAUUUGUAGGAAACUGUUGUCAGUGCUGACCGUUAUACUUGAGCUUAAUUUUAUUGAUCCUGCUGAAAAUGGUAAACUUUAUAAGACUGUAAUUAAUUCAGGCGCGGUAGAAGCAUCUCUUUUUACCAUGUCCAUAGUGUGCUUGGAAAAAAGGGAUGGCAAGUUCAUGUUGGGAGAAUGGGAGAAUAAUCACAAAUCAAAGGAUUGCUCAAAAGGCUCAGAAACAAGAAUAGAUAUUAUGUUCAUAGAGGAAGUAUAUUUAUCUGAUACUUUCUAUAACAUUUAUAACAAUUGGUUAAAUACAGAAAUUAGAAAAAUUAAAUUAAAAUCUGUAUUCAUAACUAAUCUCGAUUUGAGUAAGCCAUCUGAGCUAUUAAAAUUAAAAAGUACCACCAAUCAGAUGAAAGGAAAGAGUUCAUGGCAAGUCUUCUCAAUAAGCAAUAAUGAUGGUACAGGAUGUUUCCAAGCACAUCUUCAGAGCUGGCGUGAAAGUUGGAAAGGAUCCAAAAACAAAUCACAGGCGGAUUACAGUUUAACAAUGAAAAUAGUUUUAAAUCUCUGA